CUCUUCGCCUCUCUGCCAUCACUUCCAGCUUUGCUCUCUCUCUCUCCCUUGUUCUCAGCUCUUCAAGACUCGCCACUCUCUCUUUUCUCUAGUUCUCCUUCUGCUCCCUUUGUCUCCAUCCUGGUAGUUUCUCUGAAUUCGACAGCGAUGGCGUGAUGAACUGAAAGCAAGCUCAGUUCUACUUUGUUUGGUGGCGAUCUUGGAGGAGAGUGGCUUUUGUGGGUGUGAUGCUGAUGUGACCUCCUCUUAGGGUUUUUGAUUUGCUCAAGAGGAAAUGGUGUGAAUUCUUGUGGUUUUUUUUGUUUGGUGGGUAAUUGGAGGAUGCAGAUGGCAAUGGUUGGUGAGAGGAGGAUUUGGGUGAGGAGAGAGGAGGUAGAAAUGUUAGACUGGAAUAGUUCUAGGGCUUGAAAAGUACCAGAAAUGAAGCUUUCAACAUCAGGGUUGGGGCAGCAGCAAGGGCAUGAAGGGGAGAAAAAGUGUUUGAAUUCAGAGCUAUGGCAUGCUUGUGCUGGCCCUCUUGUGUCCCUGCCUACCGUUGCGAGCCGUGUGGUUUACUUUCCUCAAGGUCACAGUGAGCAGGUUGCUGCCACAACUAACAAAGAGGUUGAUGGGCACAUACCCAAUUACCCGAGCUUGCCACCGCAGUUGAUCUGCCAACUUCACAAUGUCACAAUGCAUGCAGAUGUGGAAACUGAUGAAGUGUAUGCACAAAUGACUUUGCAGCCACUUACACCGCAAGAGCAAAAGGAUACAUUUCUUCCUGUGGAGUUGGGUAUCCCGAGCAAGCAGCCCACCAAUUACUUUUGCAAGACUCUCACAGCAAGUGAUACUAGUACCCACGGGGGGUUCUCUGUUCCUCGUCGCGCAGCUGAGAAAGUUUUCCCUCCAUUGGAUUUCUCUCAGCAGCCUCCAGCUCAGGAACUUAUUGCAAGGGAUCUCCAUGAUGUUGAGUGGAAGUUCAGGCAUAUUUUUCGAGGACAGCCGAAACGACAUCUUCUUACAACAGGAUGGAGUGUGUUUGUCAGUGCCAAAAGACUUGUUGCUGGAGAUUCUGUCCUAUUUAUUUGGAAUGAAAAGAAUCAGCUUCUUUUGGGAAUUCGUCGUGCUACUAGGCCACAAACUGUGAUGCCAUCUUCUGUUUUAUCAAGUGACAGCAUGCACAUUGGACUCCUUGCUGCUGCAGCUCAUGCUGCUGCCACUAAUAGCUGUUUCACAAUCUUUUAUAAUCCAAGGGCUAGUCCAUCUGAGUUUGUCAUACCCCUUUCGAAAUAUGUUAAAGCAGUAUUUCACACUCGUGUUUCUGUUGGAAUGCGUUUUCGGAUGCUUUUUGAGACCGAGGAAUCAAGUGUUCGCAGGUACAUGGGUACGAUAACUGGCAUAAGUGACCUGGAUCCUGUUCGUUGGCCAAAUUCUCAUUGGCGAUCGGUUAAGGUUGGUUGGGAUGAGUCAACUGCAGGUGAGAGGCAGCCAAGGGUAUCGUUGUGGGAAAUUGAGCCUUUAACAACUUUCCCCAUGUAUCCAUCAUUGUUUCCCCUCAGACUAAAACGACCCUGGCAUCCUGGGGCCUCAUCUUUGCAUGACAGCAGAGACGAAGCUGCUAAUGGCUUAAUGUGGCUAAGGGGAGAAACUGGAGACCAAGGUCUUCAGUCACUGAAUUUUCAAACUGUUGGUAUGUUUCCUUGGACGCAGCAGAGGCUGGAUCCAACAUUUCUAGGAAAUGAUCAUAAUCAGCAAUACCAAGCCAUGUUGGCAGCUGGGUUGCAGAAUUUAGGAAGCGGGGAUCCUCUGAAACAGCAAUUCAUGCAGUUUCAGCAGCCUUUCCAAUAUCUUCAACAGACGGGCAGCAAUAAUCCAUUGUUGCAGCAGCGGCAGCAGCCCCAAGUGAUUCAACAAACAAUUCCUCAACAUAUGUCGCAUGCACAAACUCAAAUUUUACAAGAUAACUUGCCCCGGCACCUUCUACAGCAACAACUUAACAAUCAACAGGAGCAGCCACAGCAGCAACAUUCUUAUCAAGAAUCAUUUCAGAUUCAAAGUGAUCAGCUCCAGCAGAGGCAGCAGCCAAAUGUGUCAUCUCUAUCAUUUUCAAAAGCUGACUUCCCAGAUUCUAACACCAAGUUCUCAUCUAUUACUCCUUCCAGUAUGCAAAAUAUGCUUGGUUCUAUGUGUCCUGAAGGGAGUGGCAAUCUCUUGAACUUCUCGAGAACAACUGGUCAGUCUAUGCUUAGUGAGCAGCCACCACAACAACCAUGGGCAACAAAGUUCGCACAUUCACAGUUCAAUGCCUUUGCCAACUCAACUUCGCUCCCACCAUUUACGGGGAAGGAUGCUGCAGUGGAACCAGAAAACUGUAACUUGGAUGCCCAGAAUCAUACUCUUUUUGGUGUAAACAUUGAUUCGUCUGGGCUGCUACUCCCCACAACAGUGCCCAGUUUUGGUAGCUCAGUUGAUGCUGAUGUUUCCUCGAUGCCAUUAGGGGCUUCUACGUUUCAGGGCUCUUUAUUUGGUUGCGUGCAAGACCCUUCAGAGUUGUUGCAGAAUGCAGGACAAGUUGAUCCUCCAACUCCAAGCCGAACAUUUGUCAAGGUUUACAAAUCGGGAUCGGUUGGGCGGUCAUUAGACAUCACCCGGUUCAGCAGCUAUCAUGAACUGCGAGAGGAGCUGGGUCAGAUGUUUGGAAUUGAGGGGAAACUAGAAAACCCUCUGAGAUCAGGCUGGCAGCUUGUAUUUGUUGACAGGGAGAACGAUGUGCUUCUCCUUGGAGACGACCCAUGGGAGGCAUUUGUGAAUAAUGUCUGGUACAUCAAGAUACUUUCACCAGAGGAUGUGCAGAAAAUGGGGAAACAGGGGAUUGAAUCAGGAUUCAGCCCAAAUAGUGCUCAAAGGAUGAAUAGCAGUGGAACUGAUGAUCGAGACCUUGUUUCUGGACUACCCUCUGCUGGGUCGCUUGAGUACUGAGAAUGCAUGGAAAAUCAGUUCUAUAACACGCCAGAGUCAUUGCUUCAAGUCCUACUCUUGGGAGUGAAAUAAAUGUCUUGUUGUAUGCAUUUUGUCCGGGAUUUCCACGUUAUGGUGUGUGCCAUUUCUCUCCUGUCUGUUUGCUGUGCACUUGUCUGUACAAGUAUUGUAUACAACCUGUAUCACCCAUGCUACUUAGUUAUUGCCAUGAAUGGGUUUCAUAUAUUAAAAAUGUGUAGGAUCAGGACUUAGAGAUUAGAUUUUAUUGGAAAAUGAUAAAACAUUUCUUGCCAGCCUAGGCUUGUGGGAACUAAGCUAUUGAAUGACACCCUUGUUAAGGUAUCGCCACUCUCACACCUCUAUUGUUUCAUAUUUAUUCUUAUAAUUGCCAGUCAGCUGUUUU